AUCUAAGAUGGCGACUGUGGAACCGGAAACCACCCCUACUCCUAAUCCCCCGCCUACAGAAGAAGAGAAAACAGAAUCUAAUCAGGAGGUUGCUAACCCAGAACACUAUAUUAAACAUCCUUUACAGAACAGAUGGGCACUCUGGUUUUUUAAAAAUGAUAAAAGCAAAACUUGGCAAGCAAACCUUCGGCUGAUCUCUAAGUUUGAUACUGUUGAAGACUUUUGGGCUCUGUACAACCACAUCCAGUUGUCUAGUAAUUUAAUGCCUGGCUGUGACUACUCACUUUUUAAGGAUGGUAUUGAGCCUAUGUGGGAAGAUGAGAAAAACAAACGAGGAGGACGAUGGCUAAUUACAUUGAACAAGCAGCAGAGACGAAGUGACCUGGAUCGCUUUUGGCUAGAGACACUGCUGUGCCUUAUUGGAGAAUCUUUUGAUGACUACAGUGAUGAUGUAUGUGGAGCUGUUGUUAAUGUUAGAGCUAAAGGUGAUAAGAUAGCAAUAUGGACUACUGAAUGUGAAAACACUGUUACACAUAUAGGGAGGGUAUACAAGGAAAGGUUAGGACUUCCUCCAAAGAUAGUGAUUGGUUAUCAGUCCCAUGCAGACACAGCUACUAAGAGCGGCUCCACCACUAAAAAUAGGUUUGUUGUUUAAGAAGACACCUUCUGAGUAUUCUCAUAGGAGACUGCGUCAAGCAAUCGAGAUUUGGGAGCUGAACCAAAGCCUCUUCAAAAGCAGAGUGGACUGCAUUUAAAUUUGAUUUCCAUCUAAAUGUUGCUAAGAUAUAAGAGAAGUCUCAUUCGCCUUUGUCUUGUACUUCUGUGUUCAUAUAUAUAUAUUUUUUUAAAUUUUGGCUAGAGUGUCCACUAUCCCAAUCAAAGAAUUACAGUACACAUCAUCCCCAGAAUCCAUAAGUGUGUUCCUGGCCCACUCUGUAAUAGCUUAGUAGAAUUACCAUUACAAACACAUUUUACCUAUCCACAAUAUUCAAAAAAGAACUUGCAUUUCUAUACCUUACAGGAAAAAAAAAUUGUUUAUGUUCCAUUGUAUGCAGGAGCAUAUUUUGCUGGUUUGAAAGAGUAUGAUGCAUACAGUUUUCUAGCAAUUUUCUUUGUUUCUUUUUACAGCAUUGUCUUUGCUGUACUCUUGCUGAUGGCUGCUAGAUUUUAAUUUAUUUGCUUCCCUACUUGAUAACAUUAGUGAUUCUGAUUUCAGUUUUUCAUUUGUUUUGCUUUUGUUUUUUUUCCUCAUGUAACAUUGGUGAAGGCUCCAGGAAUAUGACACAAAGGUGGAAUAAACAUUAAUUUUGUGCAUUCUUUGGUAAUUUUUUUGUAACUACAAAGCUUUGCUACAAAUUUAUGCAUUUCAUUCAAAUCAGUGAUCUAUGUUUGUGUGAUUUCCUAAACAUAAUUGUGGAUUAUAAAAAAUGUAACAUCAUAAUUACAUUCCUAAUUAGAAUUAGUAUGUCUGUUUUUGUAUCUUUAUGCUGUAUUUUAACACUUUGUAUUACUUAGGUUAUUUUGCUUUGGUUAAAAAAUGGCUCAAGUAGAAAAGCGGUCCCAUUCAUAUUAAGACAGUGUACAAAACUGUAAAUAAAAUGUGUACAGUGAA